AGCCCCAGCCCGCUGGCGGGCACCGGCCCCAGCCCGCCGAGCAGCGGCCCCGCCGCCGCCGGUGCCGGCUUUUUGGCAUCCCUAAUCGCGGCUGGCCCCUGUGAUUGGCUGCGCGGCUCUGACCCCGCUCGGGCUCCCGGCUGGGCGGAUAAAAGGGGCCUGAGCCGGGGGCUCCCAGGCAUUCCCGGAGCGGGCACCAGGGACCGCUGGCCGCAGCAUGACGGGCAAAGCGGGCGCGGCGCUGGCCCCCAGCCUGCCCGGCAAGCCCAAGCCCGACGGCGCGGCCGCCGCCCCUGCCGCCCCGCCACUGCCUCCGCCGCCCUCCGCGGCUGGGGUCAAGUCCAACUCUGGGCCCACCCCUCCCCGCUGCACCGGCUUCGGCAUCCAGGAGAUCCUGGGCUUGAACAAGGAGCCGCCGUCGCACCCUCGGGCCGCCCUGGACUCUCUGCCCGCCGGGCACCUGCUGGCGGCCCGCUCCGUACUCAGUCCCGCCGGGGUGGGCGGCGUGGGCAUGGGGCUGCUGGGGGCCAGCGGCAUCCCCGGCUUUUACACCCAGCCCACCUUCCUAGAGGUGCUCUCCGACCCCCAGAGCGUCCACCUGCAGCCGCUGGCCCGGGCCCCCGGGCAGCUGGACAGCAGCCAGACGGCCAGCUCAGAUUCCGAGGAUGUCUCCUCCAGCGACCGAAAAAUGUCCAAAUCCUCCCUAAAUCAGAGCAAGAAACGAAAGAAGAGGCGGCACAGGACAAUCUUCACAUCCUAUCAACUGGAGGAGCUGGAAAAGGCCUUCAAUGAGGCCCACUAUCCUGACGUAUAUGCUAGAGAGAUGUUGGCCAUGAAAACAGAGUUGCCAGAAGACAGGAUACAGGUUUGGUUCCAGAACCGCCGGGCCAAAUGGCGGAAGAGGGAGAAGUGCUGGGGCAGGAGCAGUGUGAUGGCUGAGUACGGGCUCUACGGUGCCAUGGUGCGUCACUCCAUCCCGCUACCUGAAUCCAUCCUCAAGUCUGCCAAGGAUGGCAUCAUGGAGUCCUGUGCCCCUUGGCUCCUGGGGAUGCACAAAAAGUCUCUGGAGGCAGCGGCUGAGGCGGGGAGGAAGACAGAGGUGGAGCGCCAGGCCCUGCCCAAGCUUGACAAAGGUGACAAAGAAGAAAGGGGUCCUGAUCCCAAAACCACCAUUUCCCAGGAGGAACUGAGAGAAAACAGCAUUGCUGCCCUCAGGGCCAAAGCUCAGGAGCACAGCACCAAAGUCCUGGGGACCAUUGCUGGGGACACUCCAGCCCCGGGCAGGAAGCCGGAGACAGGGGAGGAGGCAGCAGUGGCAGAGGAUGAGAGACAGACGGAGAAGUUGAACUCAUCGCAGAAGGAGGAGAAGUUGAUCUAGGGGGAAGAGAGGUGGCAGAAGCCAGCCCCAACAGACACUGUGUCCUCUGGGGGCCACGUUGCCCCUUGGACUGCCAGGUGUCCCUGGCCACCCCUGCCAGGGAGAGGAGCCUUGGUCUUUGUGUUUGGGGCUGCCUGGCAGGGGUGCCCACUGCCUGCUACCCUUGAGCAUAGCCCUGCCCCUCGCUCCUCCACCCCACCAGGCCUUCCUCGCCCCCUCACCCCUUCCUUUUGGGGGACAGGGAAGUGUCACAUCGUCACUGCCACCAAUGACACUAAGGUUCUGGUCCCUGUAGCCUUUCUCCUUCUGCUGCAGCCCCAAACCCCAUUUGCCAUACUGAAGCAAGACUGUUCCCUGCUGCCAUGCCUCUCCUUGCUGCACAUCUCUGCCCAGGGUCCUUCCCCUUGCACCCUGUCCCACUGUGCCCCAGGCAGACAUGCCACCUUCUGCUGGCCAUCACCUCUGCCUUUGGCCCAGGCUGCAGCAGAACAAGCCCAUGGCAGUGCUUGCAUGAAAUGACGACCAUCCGUGUUGGGUGGUUUGCACCUUCCACCCAUCUCUCCCUGGCCAGCACUGAGUUCUGCUGGGAAAGAACUGCAGCCUAAGAGAAGUUAUGCUUUGCCUCUCUUUGGCAGGGACAGGCAGGUUUAGCCUAGAGGCAUGACACCCUAGUCCCACCUGGCACCCUGAGCUGACCCCAGCCCAUUUCACUGACUCUUGCAGGGCUGGGCAGUUGGGUCUGACUCUGCCCUAAACACCAAAACCCUACACCCCUGCAGAGGGGAUGAAUGGUGAAUUUAUUUACUGAAUACAUUAUUCCAGGUGAGACAACAACGUCCAUCUAAUGUAUUUAUUGAAUGAAAUUUGUCCAGCUCACCCUCUGAGUGUUAAAGGGAAUGACAGCCAUGCACACCCACCCUGAUACACCCUGUAACGUACAUACAUCCCACAGGAGCACAUGCAGACCCACACAGCCAAACUCACUCCAUGGUACCAUCACCUUCCCAUCCCAGUAAAGCACUAUUCCCCCUCCAAAAGCCGUAGGACAGUGACUUCCAGGUGACCCUUUCUGUCCUGCUUUCAGCUGUGAGCACCCUUUUCCCAGACCUACUGUUUUUCUUCCAUCAAAGGGUUAAGCCCAGUCAUCCAACCCGUUUGUCUUUGUUCCCCGAUCGUUUGACGUGUUAGAUGAUAGCCCAUGGAGUGUAAAUAAUGUAUAUACAGUGAGAAAAUAAUUCCGUAUUGAGGUGUUUGAGAUAUGGAGCUGUAACAACUUCUAGUCAUCCAGCAUCUGUGAUUUAUGUGCCAUUUUCUGUAAAGAUAUGAAGAAGAA